AAAAAACUUGAUGGGAAGUUCUUGUUUCCCUGUUAAGUUUGUGCAUUUUUACUUAACUUGUCUGUUACUGUACAUUUAAAAUUGAGAUUUUGAUUCCUGCUGUAAAUGUGUGUACAAAAGUUCCCAGAUCAGAAUCAAGUGGAUAUAUCUUUGUGAGGAUACAAGGUGGUUUCCAUGACAUCAAGAGUUCGAUAUCGGAUGUAGUUGUCGUUGCUCGGAUUUUGAAUGCAACGUUAGUUAUUCCAGAGAUUCAGUCAACCACAAGCAGCAAAGGGAUCAGCUCAGAGUUUAAGAGUUUUGCGUAUGUGUACAACGAGGACCAGUUCACGGCAGCGUUAGUAAAAGAUGUGAAAGUAGUAAAAACCCUUCCGAAGAGUCUCAAAAGCGCCAGGAGGAAGAAGGAGAUCCCGUCAUUCAGAGUGCCUCGAUCUGCUUCUCCAUAUUACUACUUGCACCAUGUCCUCCCAGUGCUCAAUAAGCAUUCAGUGGCUGAACUUGUUGUAUCUGAUGGUGGAUGCUUGCAGGCUAUCCUUCCUCCCCAUCUCGAAGAAUAUCAGAGGCUGAGAUGCCGAGUAGCUUUCCACGCCUUGGUGUUCCGACAGGAGGUUCAGGAGCUUGCAACUAAAAUUGUGCACAGAUUGCGAGCUCCUGGGAGACCAUUUAUUGCUUAUGAUCCUGGGAUGACUAGAGAAGCUUUGGCAUACUAUGGUUGUGCCGAACUCUUCCAGCUCUAUCCAAGGAUGUGCACAGUGAACUCAUUCAACACAAGCGAGCAUGGAUGAGAAGACGUGGAAUUGUCAAGGGGAAACUUUCGGUUAACUCCGAGGAACAACGCCUUAAUGGCUCAUGUCCAUUAAUGCCAGAAGAGGUUGGUAUUCUUCUUCGUGCAUAUGGCUAUCCAUGGGACACCAUUAUCUACGUGUCAGGAGGGGAAGUAUUUGGCGGCCAAAGGACACUGACUCCUCUCCAUGCAAUGUUUGAAAAUGUGGUGGACAGGACUUCACUGACCGCAUCAUCGGAGCUAACUAGGAUUUACGGGCGAGAGGUCAACCUCGAUAGCCAAUUUCCGAGGACACCGCCUUCUAUUGUGCAAGUAAAGAAGGCUGAGGUUUGGAGAAGUGCAGGCCCACGUCCUCGUCCUCUUCCACCUCCUCCUGCCCGGCCUAAAUACCCACAUAACAUCGAAGGUUGGUGGGGAUGGGUGGCUGAGAGCGACAAUGAACCAGAGAGCUCGGUUAUGGAGUUGAGGACCAAUGCACAUAAACUACUAUGGGAGGCAAUAGACUACAUGGUUUCUGUUGAAGCUGAUGUCUUUAUCUCUGGAUUUGAUCGUGAUGGGAAAGGGCGUCCAAACUUUGCCAGCUUGGUCAUGGGCCACAGGCUGUACCUUUCGGCUGCCUCCAAAACCUUCCGUCCAGUCAGGAAAGAAGUUGUGAGGCUUCUGGAAGGGAAUCGUGAGCACCUGUACGAAGCAAACAACACGUGGCUGAAAUCAGUUCGCCAGCAUUUCAGGAAGAGCUUGUUUGAUGGUGCUAUGAAUGCGUCGGUAGCCUCGAAACCUUCGUCAUUCCUCUCGCAUCCUGUCCCUGAGUGUUCUUGCGUUGGAAGUGGCAAUACUGAAGAAGCAUCGGCUGCAUCCCAUGAUGCAUCAAGCCCUUCAACACUAGCUUCACACGCUCAGUCUGCUGCUGCCGCCUUGGGUGUCAAGGAACGUUGCCCAAAGUGGAUGGAUGAUGAUAAUGAGACGAGCUCGAGAUUGAAGGACAAGGAAAAUGACGAGGAUGAUGAGGUUGACAAUGACGAUGGUGAUGUUUUGUCAUCUUUUGGCUUGUUUUUCGAACGGAGUAACGAGAGCGGAGGUGGAGAAGUGAACAAAGAAGAAGCUGCGCAGUUGGAGGAUCAAGAAGAGUCCGAGUCCGCAGAGUAACCAGCUGGGGAAGUAGAUGUUUUAACUUUUAACUGAACUAACAGUAGCUGACCAUGAGAGUAUGUACAAAAUAUUUUUGGCUUUCUGUACAUUCUUUUGUCAGAGGGUAAGCAGUUUUUCCCCCCCAGUGUGUGCACAAUCAAUCACUCUUAUGUAAUCAGUCUAGCCUCAAACAUUUGUCUGAUUGAGGUCUAGUUUGGUGUCUCGAGCGAGUCUAGCC